GAGUGAGAAACUUCCCUCACUCCUCCUCUGCUUUCUUUCUCCCAAAUCCCCUUCGACACAUUUUAUGUAACUUCUCUCAGAAGCUGCAGCAGCUACCGGUGCCUCCAUCAACAGGCGGGUACUGGCUGGCUUUGUUUUAGUCCAACCUCUGGUCUAUCCGGACGCUCAGGAGGGUUUCCUGUCGGCUCGUCCAGGACACCGGGUGCAACUGGAGUGACUCCACCAAGUUUCUCCCCCAUUCUGCCUGAGGAAUGAGAGGACUGCCUGAGAGGAAGAGCCCAAACUCGCAUGUUUGAAUGAACAAAAGCACAGAAAGAAAGGAUAUUGCCGCCGAAAUGGAGGAAAAUACUCUACCAGCAGCAACAUCUCCCCUCUCAGAUCUCAACACAAACCCCGCCAGGCCUGACCCAGAGGGGGAGAGCAGCCCCCCGAAGAUGGACACCACCGAGACAAUGGAGUCUCCAGCGAAGAAAGACACAGACCGGAGACUGACUACACCCAUAAAAUCUGACGUCAUCCCUCGAUCACCCGGGUCACCUGCAUCUCCUGUCCCCAGGUUGAAAGGGGGUAAAGACAUCAUGAAGUCAGAGGACAGGCAGAAGCUUGCCAAGGAGCGGAGAGAGGAAAAGGCCAAAUAUCUUGAAGAGCUCAGCAUGUUACAAGAAAGGGCCAUUGGAUAG